AUGGCCAAAAUCCAGUUUACAAGAUGCUUGUACAGCGUGGAAAUUCCUGCGGAGCCUCCCGGCCGACCCGCCGCCGCUAACGCCGCCCGGGAGCGCAGCCGGGUUCAGACCCUGCGCCAUGCCUUCCUCGAGCUGCAGAAGACUCUCCCCUCUGUGCCGCCCGACACCAAGCUCUCCAAGCUGGAUGUUCUCCUCCUGGCCACCACCUACAUCGCACACCUCACUCGCAGCCUUCAGGAUGAGGAAGAGUCACCGGGAGAGGGCCUGGGCACCCUCCGAGGGGAUGGGUACCUCCACCCUGUCAAGAAGUGGCCGAUGCGCUCCAGGCUGUACAUCGGAGCUACGGGACAGUUUCUGACUCACUCGGCACAAGGAGACGGCGCAAACCAAGGAGAAACAUCAACCACUUCACAAAUCUAA